AUAUGGCUAUAGUUCCUAAAUAAAUCAGGGCUCACCUCACCGUGCACGGGUCUGGAACUUGAACGAAGGGGAGCGAGGAGUGAGUCUGUGAGUGGGGGCUGUGUGCGUCAUGUGCUGCAGCGCCUGGCGGCAACACACACAUUGGCUACACACACAGGUUUCGGGACAGAGCUUUUCUCAGGCAUUCAGCGCUGAAUUGAUCGGCUCUAGUCGAUUAGUAGCCUGUAGUCCAAAAUACUGGCGGAUCUGGACGGAGACAAUUUCGUGUUCUGAUCUCUUUAAAAAAAAAUAUUUCUAGUAAUUUCUACUAUUUCUAAAGAAAAGGGGGCUAUUUCCUUCCUCCCUCUCCAUCCAUCCAUUCUUCCAUCUUUCCCUCCCCUAAGGGCCGCUAGACGGAUAGCCGAGGAGGCCGUGGAGCGCACUUAUUCAGGAAGGGGAGAAAGAGGACGAGCAGGACAUAGUUUUUUCCAGCGGGCAGAGGCAUUCUGCGGGGCGGGGUUGGUGUUCGAGUUUCACGGUUUCUGCACUGCGCUCGACCCGCUUGUGGAGAUCACGAUGACUGGUGGCGAGACACCGGAGCGGUGGUGGAUGCUCCCCACUCUGCUAUGGUGAUGUUGCCCGCGUCCAAAUGUCCCCUCCUCGGAUGAGACCACGUAUGAAUGGACGGCUGUGCAGGUGAUGGAGAGAAUAUGAUCAUUGUGUCGAGGGGAACAUCAUUUAAUUGUUGAUUCAGCUCUAAUAUUACCCUACAUUACAUUACAAACCACGACGGAUUUCAAUUAAAGAUGAUUAUUGAAUGCAAAUAAGAAAAAUCAACAAAUGUCACAUUUAUCCUUUUCGUGUAUAAGGAUGCCAGUUAAUCUUUGCGCGCGUGUAAAGCGAGUGUGAGGUGGCGGGAGACAAAUUAGCCAGUGUACCAAACAUUGCGGAUGUUACAAAAUAAAUAAAUAAUUAUAGAUUUUUUUCCAACAUGUUUUGGUGUCUGAAACGUACCAUGGCAAUCACGACCAACAUGCCCGGUUGAGGGGAAACACUUGGUGGAUUUAUUUUCUUAUUUUUUUAUUUUGAUAAUCUGAUUGAUUUUAAUAUUGUGCUGUGGUCAUGAUGACAACACAACAUUUUAUCUUCAAGCGAAGCACAAGGGGCUUCUGACGAGCCUAUCGCACCGUGGAAAUGGUUCGGUAGAAAACGAUGGAGCAGCCAUGGAGAAGAUGAAACAUUUAUACUAACUCAUCUUGGAAUGUCCCCAAUCUGAUAUCCCCAAUAUCCCAAAAGAGCCUUACUCUUAUUUUUUGGACAUCUAAAAACGACCUGAAGAGGAAUUGUGAAUCCUACUGCACUGACAGUCCUGCAACAAGCCAAGCUAUCCAGCCCACCCCAACCCCACGUUGCAUUUUUUUUUUACACCAGCACUUGACCAUUAGCACUAACCACAGAGAGAGACCAAAGCCUAGAUGGCGUCUUCAUCUUGUAAAGGCCGCACCAUAUAGGCUACCACCCGGCAACUCUCCCCCUAUGCAGGUGGAAGAAGCAGAAUAAAACAGUUGAGUGUCUGAGCAGUCCGCAAGCAGAUGGGAUGUAAUGUUGUGUGGUCGUGCUGAGCAUUCACCUCCUUCUCAGCUACAGCUGCUUUGUAAAGAUUUGGUGUCCAGAGAAUGGCGCGGUUCGAAAACGAGAUGCCGUCCAGGUAUGGUGGCGGCCACGGCCAUGGACCAGGGCACGGGCAUGGACCUGGAGGCCCUGGCCGCGGCGGCAGUCGGCAGGGCGGCCCGCCUGGAGGCCCCGGGGGACAGCGGGUCUACAAGCAGUCCAUGGCGCAGAGAGCCCGGACCAUGGCCCUGUACAACCCCAUCCCGGUGCGUCAGAACUGCUUCACCGUCAACCGCUCGCUGUUCAUCUUCAGCGAGGAUAACUUUGUGAGAAAAUACGCCAAAAAGAUUACAGAAUGGCCUCCGUUUGAGUGGUUGAUCCUGGCCACCAUCUGUGCCAACUGUAUUGUCCUGGCUCUGGAGCAACAUCUGCCGGAUGGAGACAAGACUCCUCUGUCUGAACGCCUGGAUGACACUGAGCCCUACUUCAUAGGGAUCUUCUGUUUUGAGUCAGGCAUUAAGAUCCUGGCUCUAGGAUUUGCCUUCCAUAAGAACUCCUACAUAAGGAACGGAUGGAAUGCCAUGGACUUCGUAGUAGUAUGCACAGGGAUUCUGUCUACAGUGGGAUCGGACUUCGAUUUGCGGACUCUGAGAGCGGUCCGUGUGCUGAGACCCCUCAAACUGGUGUCUGGGAUACCCAGCCUCCAGGUGGUCCUCAAGUCCAUCAUGAAGGCUAUGAUUCCACUGCUGCAGAUCGGCUUGUUGCUAUUCUUCGCCAUCCUCAUGUUCGCUAUCAUCGGCCUGGAGUUCUACAUGGGCAAAUUCCAUACUACCUGCUUCGACAUUCACACAGAUGAGAUUCGUGAGGAAGUUCCGUGUGGGACCGAAGCCCCGUCGAGACUAUGUCCAAACGGGACCACGUGUCGAAAGUAUUGGCUGGGGCCUAACUACGGCAUCACCCAGUUUGACAACAUCCUGUUUGCCGUGCUCACUGUCUUCCAAUGUAUUACCAUGGAGGGAUGGACUGACCUGCUCUACUAUAGCAAUGAUGCCUCAGGGAGCGCGUGGAACUGGAUGUACUUCAUUCCCCUCAUCAUCAUCGGCUCUUUCUUCAUGUUGAACCUGGUCCUGGGUGUACUGUCUGGGGAGUUUGCCAAAGAGAGAGAGCGAGUGGAGAACAGGAGUGAGUUUCUAAAGCUGAGGAGACAGCAGCAGAUAGAGAGAGAGCUCAAUGGAUACCUGGAAUGGAUUUGUAAAGCAGAAGAAGUGAUCUUAGCAGACGAUGAAGACCCUGAUGCCUUUGACGGUAUUUUCCCAAGCACCCGCAGGAGACCCACCAUCAAAAACCACAAGAACAAAACAGAUCUCCUUAACCCAGAGGAUGGGAAUGGAGACCUGGCACUGGGUUCUCCCUUUGCGCGGGCCAGUCUGAAGAGUUCAAAGCUGGAGGGCUCUAACUUCCAUAAGAGGGAGCGUCGUCUGCGUUUCUUCAUCCGACGCAUUGUGAAGACCCAGUAUUUCUACUGGAGUGUACUGUGUCUGGUGGGACUUAACACCAUGUGUGUGGCUGUAGUACACUAUGACCAGCCUGAACCACUCUCAGACUUCCUCUACUUUGCAGAGUUCGUCUUCUUGAGUAUCUUCAUGUCUGAGAUGGGUAUAAAGAUUUAUGGACUGGGGUCACAGCCUUACUUUCACUCCUCCUUUAACUGCUUUGACUGCAUUGUAAUAUGUGGCAGCAUAUUCGAGGUGCUAUGGGGUUUUAUCCAGCCUGGGACAUCCUUUGGUAUCAGUGUAUUACGAGCUCUAAGGUUACUGAGAAUCUUCAAAGUCACCAAGUACUGGGCGUCUUUGAGGAACCUGGUUGUAUCUCUGCUCAACUCCAUGAAAUCCAUUAUAAGCCUGCUCUUCCUCCUCUUCCUCUUUAUCGUCGUCUUCGCUCUGUUGGGCAUGCAACUCUUCGGAGGACAGUUUAAUUUUGAAUCUGGCACUCCCCCAACCAACUUUGAUACUUUCCCUGCAGCAAUAAUGACUGUGUUCCAGAUCCUGACCGGAGAAGACUGGAACAUGGUCAUGUAUGAUGGAAUAGAAUCUCAGGGAGGAGUCAACAACGGGAUGGUCUUCUCAGUCUUCUUCAUCGUGCUCACACUUUUCGGCAACUACACUCUGCUGAAUGUGUUUUUGGCCAUUGCUGUGGACAACCUGGCCAACGCACAGGAACUCACUAAGGACGAGCAGGAAGAGGAAGCCGCUUCCAAGAAAAAUGUUUUGCAAAAAGCCAAGGAGGUGGCCGAAGUCAGCCCUCAGUCUGUAGCCAACAUGUCCAUAGCGGCCGAAAAAGUAAACAGCACAGGUCACAACGCUUCCGACCCCUUUCUGGACUGUAAGGAGCAGCAGAAGAACAAUAAGGGUGGUAAUAAGUCCGUGUGGGAACAGAGAACCAAGGAGCUGAGGAAACAGACUCUAAUGACCAGCAGAGAGGCCCUCUACAACGAACUGGACCCAGACGACCGCUGGAAGGUGAACUACUCCCGCCACAUCCGUCCUGACAUGAAGACCCACACAGACCGCCCUCUAGUGGUGGACCCCCAGGAGAACCGCAACAACAACACCAACAAGACCACCAAAGAGCCUGACCCCCGCCUCAGCCAGCAGCAUGCCGACGAGCUGGUCCGCAAGCAGACACACGUCCACGAGAGAGGAGGUGGGGGAGGAGGAGGUGGGGGCUCAGGGUCUGGUUCAGGCCCUGGAAGGCAUUACGAGCGGGCAGACUCUACGGAGAGCCGCAGGAGCCGUAAGGAGAGCAAGGAGCACCAGGAGCUCCAACACCACCACUCCUCCCAUACCCGCCUAGAUGCAACGAUGCUGGGACAGAGUGGAGAGGAGAGGCCCCAGAGAAGGCACCACCACCCACGGGGCCAGGUGGGCUCAUCGGAGCACAGGAAACCCCGCCAGCACCGCAUGCCCCCAGAGGACGAAGAGGGGGGAGGUGGAGGUGGUGGACGACACAAGAGCAGGGGGACAGAAGGAGAAGGCGAGGGGGAUCAAGAAGGGGGUGAUGGAGGUGAGAGGAGGCAGAGACGGCAUCGCCAUGGCACUCAGUCAGGGUGUGAUGGUGAGGGGAAGAGGACGCGGCAACACCGCAGGAAGGAUGGUCCCAACCUGUCCACCACACGGCCCAUCCAGAAGAGCCUCUGUAGACAGGACAGCCAGUACAGCGAGGACAUGGACAAUGUCAUGAACAGUAAAUUGGCCACCAGCCAGCCCCAGCUACCCCCAGGCUCCACCCAGCAGCCCUGCCCAGCCUCGGGUCUCCCCAGCCCAGCCAACCACAAUACUCCAGGCCCAGGCUUCGGCCUUGCAGGCCUCAACACUCACCUGACCAACAGCAGCUCCCACCUUGGCCUAGCUGGAAGCCUGGUUCCUGCAUACGGAAGUAGCACCCGAAUACCGGACCACACGGCAGUAGACAUACCACCCAUGUUUCCUUCCCACAACGCCAUAUUGCAGGUCAAUAAGAAUGCUAACACGGAGCCUCUGCCUAAGAAGGAGGAUAAGGAGGAUGAUGAUGAUGAGAAGGGUGAUGAAGAUGGACCCAAACCAAUGCCUCCCUAUAGCUCCAUGUUCAUCCUCUCUACCACCAAUCCGUUCCGGAGACUAUGCCACUACAUUGUGACUCUGAAAUUCUUUGAGUUUGGAAUCCUGUCUACCAUCGCUAUGAGCAGUAUCGCCUUGGCAGCAGAAGACCCCGUCUGGCCAGAAUCACCUCGCAACAAUGUUCUGCGCUACUUUGACUAUGUGUUUACGGGAGUGUUCACCUUUGAGAUGUUGAUUAAGAUGGUGGAUCUGGGCCUGGUGUUGCACCAGGGCUCCUAUUUCCGUGACCUGUGGAACAUCCUGGACUUUAUAGUGGUUAGUGGUGCUCUGGUGGCCUUCGCCUUCACGAGCAGUAGCGGGGGAAGCAGUAAGGGGAAAGACAUCAGCACAAUCAAGUCUCUGAGGGUUCUGAGAGUGUUGCGACCUCUGAAGACUAUCAAGCGUCUUCCAAAGCUCAAGGCUGUGUUUGACUGUGUGGUCAACUCCCUGAAGAACGUCCUGAACAUCCUCAUCGUCUACAUGCUCUUCAUGUUUAUUUUUGCUGUGGUGGCCGUGCAGCUGUUCAAAGGAAGAUUCUUCUACUGCACUGACGAGUCCAAAGAGUUUGAGCGCGAUUGCAGGGGCGAAUAUCUAGUCUAUGAGCGGAAUAAUGAAGUGAAGGCGCAGAAGCGGGAGUGGAAGAAGUACGAUUUCCACUACGACAACGUGCUUUGGGCCCUGCUCACCCUCUUCACCGUUUCUACCGGAGAGGGGUGGCCGCAGGUGCUGAAACAUUCAGUGGAUGCGACCUAUGAGAAUCAGGGCCCGAGCCCGGGGUACCGGAUGGAGAUGUCCAUCUUUUACGUGGUGUACUUCGUGGUCUUCCCCUUCUUCUUCGUCAAUAUCUUCGUAGCUCUCAUCAUCAUCACUUUCCAGGAGCAAGGAGACAAGAUGAUGGAGGAUUACAGUUUAGAGAAAAACGAGAGAGGCUGCAUAGACUUCGCCAUUAAUGCCAAACCGUUGACGCGACACAUGCCUAAGAACAAGCAAAGCUUCCAGUACCGCAUGUGGGAGUUUGUGGUGUCGCCGCCAUUUGAGUAUACAAUCAUGGCUAUGAUCGCGCUCAAUACUAUCGUACUGAUGAUGAAGUAUGACGGAGCCUCUCCGGCCUACGAGGCUGUGCUGGCCAACCUGAACAUCGUAUUCACCUCGCUGUUCUCCAUGGAGUGUGUGCUCAAGAUCAUCGCCUUUGGAGUGCUGAAUUACUUCAAAGAUGCCUGGAACAUUUUUGACUGUGUGACAGUCCUGGGCAGCAUUACAGAUAUUUUAGUGACUGAGCUCGGGAUGAAUAACUUCAUCAACUUGAGUUUCCUGAGACUGUUCAGGGCUGCCAGGCUCAUCAAACUGCUCCGGCAGGGAGAGACCAUCCGCAUCCUGCUCUGGACCUUUGUUCAAUCCUUCAAGGCGCUGCCGUACGUGUGCCUGCUUAUCGGCAUGCUGUUCUUCAUCUAUGCCAUCAUCGGGAUGCAGCUGUUUGGGAACAUAGGGAUGGAGGAGGAGGAAGGGAGCGCCAUCAACGAACACAACAACUUCAGGACUUUCUUCCAAGCUCUCAUGCUGCUCUUCAGGAGUGCCACAGGCGAGGCGUGGCAUGACAUCAUGCUGUCGUGUCUUGGAGGGAAGCUCUGUGAUCCUCUGGCAGGGAACACUGAACCAGAGUGUGGCAGCCAGUUUGCCUACCUCUACUUUGUGUCCUUCAUCUUCUUCUGCUCUUUCCUGAUGCUGAAUCUGUUCGUGGCUGUCAUCAUGGACAACUUUGAGUACCUGACCAGAGACUCCUCCAUCCUCGGCCCACAUCAUCUAGACGAGUAUGUCAGGAUAUGGGCUGAAUAUGACCAAGCAGCUUGCGGUCGCAUUCAUUAUAAGGAUAUGUACAGUUUAUUGCGAGUUAUCGACCCGCCUCUUGGCUUAGGAAAGAAAUGCCCCCAUAGAGUGGCCUGCAAGAGGCUGCUGCGGAUGGACCUCCCGGUCGCCGACGACAACUCAGUCCACUUCAACUCCACCCUGAUGGCCCUGAUCCGCACGGCGCUGGACAUCAAGAUCGCCAAGGGUACGGAAGGAGGUGUGGACAAACACCAGAUGGAUGCGGAGCUGAGGAAAGAGAUGAUGGCGAUUUGGCCCAAUCUCUCCCAGAAGACCCUGGACCUCUUAGUCACGCCACAUAAGUCAGCAACAGACCUGACGGUGGGGAAGAUCUACGCUGCCAUGAUGAUCAUGGAGUACUACAGGCAGAGCAAGGCCAAGCGCUCUCAGGCGCGGCUAGAGGCGGAGCAGAAUCGAACGACAUUACUGUUUCAGCGCGUGGAGCCGCCCUCCCCCAUCCAGGACGGGCCUCUCAGCCUCCCUCCUACCCAACCGGCAGAUCCCAUCAACAGCCUACCGGUGGAGGGGGGGGUUCCAGAGAGCCAGUCGUGGGUGACAGUGCGGGCUCAGGAGAUGUCCCAGAGAGUAGGCAGCUGGAGUCCUGAGGGACAGCACUCUGAGGAUGGCCUGGACAGCAGGCAUAACUCGCAGACGGUAGAGAUGAGAGAGAUGGGGCGUGACGGUUACUCGGAUACCGAGCACUUUCAGCCAAUGGAAGGCCACGGAAGGGCCGCUUCCAUGCCACGCCUUCCAGGCGACAACCAACAGCGAAGGAAAGGGAGGCAGCGUGGAAAUAACCUCAGUACUAUAACAGAUAAUAGUCCUAUGAAGCGCUCGGCCUCCUCCCUUGGUCACAGUCGAUCUGGGAGGGGCCAGAGGGAAAGGGGAGGGGCCGAUGAUUAUGCAAUGGAGUAUGUGAUCCCCGAGGAGGGCGGAGCACCGAGGCACAGCCACCGACGCCGCGACCGAAGCCACCGGGCCUCCGAGCGGUCACUGUGUCGAUAUACAGACGCAGAUACAGCAGUACUGGGCACAGACUUGAGCACCACCACUCAGUCAGGUGACCUGCCACCCAAGGAGAAGGACCGUGACCGCGACAGAGACCGCGGUCGGCAGAAAGACCGCAAACACCACCACCAUCACCACCACCAUCACAGCGGCUCUGUGGACAAGGAGCGCUACACACCAGACCGUGCCGACCGCGCCGACCGGGGGGGAGAGCACGGUGGUCACAGACAGCCCCGAGGAGACAGAGACCACGACCGGGAUAGGGAGCACGACCGUCGCUGGUCACGGUCACCCAGCGAGGGCAGAGAGUGCAUGACACACAGACAGGGCAGUAGUUCGGUGAGCGAAAGUCCCGCUCCCUCUACCUCGGGGACCAGUACCCCGAGACGAGGCCGUCGGCAACUCCCUCAGACCCCGGCAACGCCCCGCCCACACGUCACCUACUCUCCUGUUGUCCGUAAAGCCAUGGCCACACCUCCCGGGGCCCAGCCCCUGGGGCGCAAUUCCGCCCCCGCCCCCGCCCCUCACCGCUUCUCCCCUGAGCCCCCCCAGGGACCUCCCCCGCCCCACCAUGGCUCACCCAACCAAGCCUGCCACCCCCCUCCCCGCUGGGGCGACGGGGGAGGAGGAGGAGGAGAGAGUGGGUCGCUGGAGGGCGACGGCUGCUUCUACAACCAGGACUACCAGGAUUACGACCGUGAGCACCACAAACCGCCUCCCUACGAGCAGAGCCCCACACAGGGCAACCCUCACAAGCCUCACCCCCUCAACCACCCUACUCUCCCCGUGCUAAACCAUCCCCCAACCCCACAGCAGCAGCACCCUAUCAACCCGCACCCAAACAACCCCCACCCCAACAACCCCCACUCCCGCACCUCGCCCAGGACUUCCCGCCACGCGCCCCCACCCAACACCACCCCCACCCCCCAAGGGCAACAGCCUCCCCCCACUCGACGUCUCCCCAACGGGUACCGCGCCUCUUCCCCCUCCUCGCAACACCACCACGGCCCCACCCACCCCGGGCCCCACAAGGUCCCCCCUCCACAGCCUAGAGGGCCCCGCACUAAAGACCUGCACGAACCCUACAACAACGCGGAUGACAACAGGUGCUAGCCUCUGGAGACUAUGGAGGGAUGGAUGGAGGGAGGGAGGGCUCAACCACACUGUCUGAGUUAUCAGUCCCUACCUCCCAGCCCAGGAAAACACACAGCCAGAUCACUGAUCACCAUGAGACAGGGGAAACCAAGGCAUGAUUCUUUCUUUCCUUAUUUCCGUUUGUUUUUCUUUUCGUUUCUUCUGCUGCUCAGUGUUUCCCGGGGAUGGAGGGAGUGAGGAAGGGGUAGUUAGAAUAAAGGGAUGAGGAGGAGGACCACUGAAGGAUGAGUGGAAAUUAGUGAACAGGGUAUGGAGUACAAACCAAUUCCUCCUCCAAAAACUAUGGAACCCAGCUCAUCAGAUACAAGGAGUUUUUCAAAAUGGAUGAUUUCAAAAUGGAUGAUAUGGGGACGGAUGCUUUUCUCACCGUAUCAUGAUGCUACGCCUCUGGAAACAAAUUAAAAACCGCCACAACGACCAAGACGUCAUCACGUAAUCAACGCAAGAAACUAUGACAUUGCGGAGAACUAAGUGGAGUUGCGUUAGUUGCAAAAACCAACCACCAACCCCGAUGAUGGGGAGAUAUUGAUGAGUUUUAUCAUCUGUGUUUACUGUUAAUAAUGACAUCAGUGAUGAUGAGCCUUCCACCUGAGUGUGGUGGGGGGAGUGGGGGGGACACCGGGACACACACUCUAACUCUGAACGAGAGAGGGGGUUAUGUAGGCGGAAUCUAUCCAUUCCAACCCCCCAACCCCCCCAAAAAGAUUCCGCCCCAACCGAGUAGAGAAGAAACAUAAAAAAGUGGAUGGUGAACAUAAAAAAAAAUAGACUUAAAAAUAAACAUUUUCUUCAGUAUUUCUUCUUCUACUCCUGCGGCUGCUACUUUUCCCUCUUCCUCUUCUUCUUCUUCUUCUUCGAAACAUUGAAGCUUGAUUCUUCUGUUGCACCCGCACAGCUUCGUUGGAACUUGCAGAGUUUAAAAACCUGUGGAAUCCUGCAUGAUUGAUACAAAAAAAUGAUAACAAAGAGAAACUACUGUAAUGUGGGGGAAACUAUCCCUGGGUCCUUUCUAUAUUAGUCUGUGGGGUUCUCUCUUUUUCCUGUAAUCCCUUUGUUUCUCUCUCUCUCUCUCUUCCUGUGCUGGAUGUAUAAUCAGGAUAGUUAGGAUGGAUGAAGAGAUGAGGCGUCCCUCUCUCUCUCUCUUCCUGUGCUGGAGGUAUAAUCAGGAUAGUUAGGAUAGAUGGCGAGAUGAGGCGUCCCUCUCUCUCUCUCUCUCUCUUCCUGUGCUGGAUGUAUAAUCAGGAUAGUUAGGAUGGAUGGAGAGAUGGGGCAUCCCUCUCCCUCUCUCUCUCUCUCUCUCUCUCUCUCUCUCUCUCUCUCUCUUCCUGUGCUGGAGGUAUAAUCAGGAUAGUUAGGAUGGAUGGAGAGAUGAGGCGUCCCCCUCUCUCUCUCUCUCUCUCUCUUCCUGUGCUGGAGGUAUAAUCAGGAUAGUUAGGAUGGAUGGAGAGAUGAGGCGAUGAGGAAGAGAAGCACAAGGUCCAAGCCUUUUUUAUGCGGAGGGACAGGAUUAUCUAUUUCCCACUUUGUUCUUAUUGAAAUGCUCUGUGCCAAAUUAUAACUGUUGAUGUGGCUGAGAUUGCACAGUCAUUUUCAAGGAAGUAGAUAUUUUGUUACAUGGCCUACUUUUAUUUCAUGGAAGGAAAGAAGGCAGGAAAGUAUGAAAACGCAGACCCCACAUAUUAUAGGUUCAUAUUAAAAGGGAGUUGAAACUGGGGGAGGAAGUUACAAGCACGCUCCAUGGUCCUUAUUGGCUCUUCAUCUGCUGACGCAUAGCCUCGUUCAAACCAGAGAUAUGUCUCUAGUCUUCCAGGGUUUGUGUUUGAAAGAGCGAUGAAAAGAGAGAGAGAGAAAGAAAGGCCGAUGAAAGGAGGGAACCUCUUCACCUUUCGUUUAUUUGUUAUUAAUAGUGAUAAUGGUUCUAUAGAUACUGAUAACAAUUCUAUUGAUGAUUAUGAUAAUAAUGAUGAUGAUAAUAAUAACGAUGAUAAUAAUGGUGAUGAUGAUGAUGACGAUGUUCAUGCUUGUGAGAGAGAAUUAUUUUAGUCUUGUAUUUGUGUUUGUUACUUUCGAGUCGAUAGUGCUCAGCGCGUCACCAUCUUUGUUUAGUGAGACGUUCUGUCUGGUUGGUGGUCCACUGGUCCGGCUGGUGGGCGGAGCUUUGUCAGAGAGGUGCAUUGUGGGAACAGGAGUAAUCAUAGUAAUGACUCUGAUACAGUGUAAUACGGUGGGGAAGGGAAAAGGAACUUAAAAAGGAACUAAAAAAAAACAAUGUCAAACAUCAUACAGGAAAUCAUGUAUCUGACAUGUAUACUUGUUCAUUGGACAGUUGUUUACAUAUAUGAAUCAUUUUGGUAAAUAUAGGGCAGCUAAAUGGUCUUGCUUAGGUAACGGGGUCUACAGACUAAAGUAGACCAGAUAAAGCAGUAAUGAGACAGAGCUCCUCUACCAGUUUGGCCCUCUAGGUGGCACUGUAUGCAAUACAUUGCAUCCCUGUCCUAUUGCAUCAUUGUAUCACCCCUUCUAUUUUGACUGUCGGAUUCCAAUGUUUUCGUAUCUGUCUUUAAACUGGGAGCAUAAGGUUUAAGUGUUGUCUGUCACUGGUGGAUCACCUCCUUUGUGUUCAGGACAUGUAACACAGCCAAUCACAAAUGCACAGGACAUGUAUCACAGCCAAUGAAAAUGCAUGGGAGAAACAAUGACUUGGUCUUUUCUGCCAAACCUCUGUGUCCUGUUUCACCCUAUUCUCUUUUUGUGUGUCUUUGUGCGCCUCAACCUAACGUCCAUCCUAAUACCCACCACUGUUCCGUACAGUGUCUCUCUCACAGUUGCCGGACUUUGAGGAUUGCCAUAGUGAACCAUUCAUUUAUUAGAAUUAUGUCAUUAUUAUUCUUAUUAUUACACUCCAUGUCAAAACCAUUAGCGUCAGGUAACAGUGUUUGUUCACGGCUGCCAUAGAUAUAGCGCAGUUAGAUCUGCACAUAUCUGGAUUCUGAUGUACUGUAAAGACAUAUCCCAUGAUUCUAUGUACCACACUUUGACCAGAAAGUGCACAGGCACAUUGCCUUUACAGUAUUCAUCUAACGUAGGAAUGUCAUAGACGUGUAUAAGUCACAUCACAACACUGAUAAGAUAGGAAUAUACAGAUACACUCUCAGUAUGUAGCUCUUGGCUGUAGCAAGUAUGCAUGUACGUGUGCGUAUGGCGUGUGUGUGUUUGCGUGUGUGUCUGUGUAUGAAUGCGUUCUUUUAUAGCAAGAAUGUGUGUGUACAUUCAAUGUGUGUGUGUGUACAUCAAUAGCUAGCUGUUUUCGUUGGAUAUUUCAUUUCAUUUGUUUAUUUGCUUUGAAUAUUUUGUGAUGAGAUUUGAGUUGGUGAGUGUGUGUGUGUGUGUGUGUGUGUGUGUGUGUGUGUGUGUGUGUGUGUGUGUGUGUGUGUGUGUGUGUGUGUGUGUGUGUGUGUGUGUGUGUGUGUCUGUGUGUGUGUGUGUGUGUGUGUGUGUGUGUGUGUGUGUGUGUGAGUUAGCCUGUGUUUGUGAGCGAGUGUCAGAAUGUUUGUGUGUCUGUGUGCAAGAUGAAAUAAGAUGUCAAUCACCCUACAAUUGAAACUAUGAGAGGCCCUAACAUUCACUGUCAAUCAUUGUGUCCUGUACUGACCAACCAUCCACUAACAACACAUAUUCUAAAUAAUCCCACUGUUACUUCAAAAAGCAAUGUAUGAGCUGCUAUGGAAAACAUAGAAAUAAAAGCAUUUUAAGUACCAAAAAAAUACCAAAAAAAGGGAAAAUAUCUACUUCCAGAACUGCAUGUGCUAUGUGCAUGCCACACCGUGGAUGAACUGUCAUCUUCAGGAAUCAAAAAAUAAGAAUAUGAAUUCAGAUUUUAAAAAAUAUAUGAAUAUAGAUAGAUGUUUUUACUAAGCAACAUGUUUUCUUUUUUCCUUCUAUUUUUGAGAACAAAAAAGGUUUAAAAAAUCUAUUUAAAAAAAAAAUGUCAAAAGAGCGACAUGAUGACUUUGGUGAGAAUCAAAGUUGGUUUGUUUAUUUAUGUUGCCAGCUGUUAACUGUAAACAUGGAGGUGAGACACUACACAACCAUGUUCAGGACACUACAAAAAAAGAGAACUCCUGUUUUAAAGAAGAUAAUCAAAUUAAAAGAGAUGGGGAUAUCCCUGCCUACUUUUGGAUGGGGCCAGGAGCCAGCCAAAUCUGAUGAUGUAACCCUUAAAACUCUGGCUGUGGGAUCUUUUAUCUCUCACUCACUCCCUCUCUAUUUCUCUCUCACUCUUGUCUCUCUCACUCUUAUCUCUCACACUCUCAACCUAUCUCACCGCUAUUUCUACCCGUGCAUUUUGUAAUUCCAGACAGAUUUCUUCCUAAUGAAUAAAAACCAGAGAGAAUGCACA